AGUUCCCAUUAUCUCUGAGUAAGCUGUAGUUGAUUUGUCUUGGCACCUCCCUCUUUGCUGUAGCUAUCACUGGUUGACUUCAUGAAAUGAUUCCCGCUUUCUUACAAAAACCAGUAAGAAAUACCGGCGAUACACGGCAGGCUGACCAUACCGGGUGACAGUCCCCUCCAACAAACAAUGGCUGGAUCGCUCGUUCCAGAAUUUUCGGCCUCGAGCCCCUCUGACGUCACCGCAUAGCCGUUAAACUCCGUUAACGGUUGAAAAACGUGGCGUCGAGUGACAGUUUUAUAGAGAAGUGAAAGAUUAAGGAGCGGAGCUUACUGAAAAUCAGGCUGCGAUUUUUUUUAUUUCGGUGAAAGGAUAAAGGAGGGACCUUCUGAUUUUGUUACAAAAAUUUGUUUGGUGUCUCUGCCUACGCGAAUGAAGUUUUCUUGUGUACUCUUGAAAGAAUUGUCAUGCUUUGAAAAAUGAGUCGCCGUGGUGAUUCAGGACAAGAAGGUGUCUUACCAAAUGUUAGUAGAUCGAGUAUCUUAGAUUCAUAUGGUUCAGAGAAAAAAACAGGUAAAUUUCGCAGGAGUACUGUUGGAGUGGUAGCUUUGCAGGAGACCAUAAAAGAAAAACAGGUGAGGUACAGAGAAGCAAGGGAGAGUAGAAGACUGAAGUUUGAUGAUGCCUAUCAGUACAUUAUUGAUAUUUUGUCUAGAACACUGGAAAUGGAGAAAACAAUUGUGGAAGAUUUUAUUUUGGAUUCCUUGACUUUUCAAGUAUUCGAUGAUUUCUUCUCCAAAGGAGGUACAAAAUCUUUAGUGUUUUUUUACCAAGAGGCUGAACCACCAGUAAUAGAAAGUGGACGAAUUAUCGCUGGACUUUCUAAAGGAUCCAAAAUGAUGAGAUUAUUUCAGAGCGAUUUUUCUAGUGUGUGCCUUACAGGCCUUUGUUUGUUCUUUGUGCGGUACAAAACUGACAUUGCGAUCACAGGGAAGAAUAUUCAUGAGGAGAUAUACUUUUGUGUUUUGGAUUGUACUGAUGGAAUUCUCAGUGGUGCUGAGAAAAUGCUGGGAAAUAUUUUUGUCCAUGCUAUUUCUGCAUCUGACAAAUGGGGAGCACUGAACCAAUCAAUACAUGGGCACAGAGAGAAGAAAGCUUUCAAAGAUAUUAUUCGCAGAUACGUCAGAUUCCUAAAUGGCGCACUAACAAGUCUUGAAAAAGCUGUAGUCCUGAAAAGUGAAACUGUUGAUCUUUCCCAGCUGCGCUCGUUUGAACAAGUGACUGCUGCAGCAUCUAACCCGGAAAUAAUUCUACAGCUUGAAAAUGUACUUUUGAUGUGGCACAACCAACUAGAGCAGGUGUUGGCACAAAGUAAUCAAGUGAGAAAAGAGGCUGAAGAUUCAGGUCCACUCACUGAACUUGAACACUGGAAAUGCACAUCAGCAAAAUUCAAUUCCAUCAUCGAGCAGCUUAAAGGACAACAUUGCAAGGCAGUGAUAAAUGUGUUAAACACAAGCCACUCAAAAAUGUUAAAGAUGUGGCUAGAGUUGGAUUCUCAAAUCACUGAUGCAGCUAAUGAAGCAAAAGACAAUGUGAAGUUCCUGCAGGCACUGGAGAAAGUUUGUCAGCCACUCUACAAUUCUGAUCCGGUCACUAUGACAAGAGGUGUUCCAAAUUUGAUAAAUACGAUUCAAAUGAUCCAUAAUGUGUCACGAUACUACAACACCUCACAACAGAUUACUUCUCUUUUUAUUAAGAUCACAAACCAAAUGGUGACAGCCUGCAGGGAAUAUAUCACUGAAGAUGGCACUGCUCGUGUAUGGGACCAGGAUUCUGAAGUUGUUAUCAAUAAGAUGAAGGAAUGUAAAAAAUUGUUAGUGGAAUAUCGCAAAUAUUUCCAGAACACCAAGAAAUAUACAACUGAGACAGCACAAGAUAAUCCAUUUGACGUGUCAGAGAUGUACAUAUUUGGUAAACUUGAAGUUUUCUGCAAAAGACUGGCAAAGAUCACAGAAAUGGUUGAAGCAGUGAAAACCUUUUCUGCAUUAAAAAAUUCUACAAUUGAAGGAAUCGAGAUUCUGGCAAUCAAAUUUCAGAAUAUCUACCUAAAUUUGAAGAAGACUCAUUAUGAUAUUCUAGAUCCUCGGAAGAAAGAGUUCAAUUCAGACUAUGCUGUGUUCAUGAAACAAGUGUUUGAUUUAGAGAAUUUGCUUAAUGACUUCAUGAGUAACUCCUUUGCUCAAAUUAUUUCUUCACGGCAUUCUUUACAACUUCUAAAACGAUUUCAGAGUUUGAAUAUACCAUCCCUUGAGUCAGAGAUUGAAGUUAUAGUUGAACGUAUUAUCCAGCACUAUGCAGGAGAGUUAAUGUUCGUAAAUAAGCACUAUCAAAUUAAUAAAGAGGACCCACCUCUUGCAAGAAACAUGCCUCCGAUAGCUGGAAAGAUACUGUGGGUGAGACAGCUCUUCAAACGUAUUCAUGAGCCCAUUGACUAUUUCUAUAAAAGUUCUCACAUUCUCAAAAGCCCACAGGGUAUGUCCAUUGUGCGAAAAUACAACAAAAUUGCUUAUGUACUAGUAAAGUUUGAAACUUUGUACCAUAAAGCUUGGAUAAAAGAAAUUUCAGCCAUGCAAUACAUGCUUCAAGCAACACUUUUGGUACGUGAUCCAGAGACUGGAAAGCUCUAUUCGAACUUUGAUCAUAGAAUUUUUGAGAUUCUUCGAGAGUCUAAGUGCAUGUUAAAGAUGGAUUUGGAGAUUCCAGAGAUAGCCAAACGUCUGCUAAAAAUGGAAAAUACAUUAAAAUCUAACUGUAACAAUUUGGAGUCUGUUCUUCAUGCGUUUGAGACCGUGUGCCAAAGAAUUCCUUCUGAAUUUAUGGCAUUGAUAACACCUAAAGUUAAUAAGAUUGAGUCUAUUCUGAGUCAAGGAGUCACAUUAUUGAAUUGGUCUUCUCUAACACUUGGCCAGUUCUUUGCUGAUGUGAACACGGCUAUUAAUGAGUUGAUUACAUUGUUAAAGACACUAACUGACUUACGUGAAAUGCAUAUCGAUGAAGUAUUGUAUGAAAUAGCCCAAAAAAUUAUGAUCAACUUGCCAGAGGAUCAUACCUUAACCUUGGAAGACAUGGUUGCAUACAAUGAGAUGUUCUUACUCAUCAGCAAAGUGAUGGAAGAGAUUAUCUAUAAUGCUGUGAAGUGGCACUUACAAAAGAAUAACCUGCUCACUGAAGAUCAUUUCAGAUUCGACGAGGGUCAUAGACCAUGUUGGUUACUGUGGGACAGAAUGGCCUCUCGGGGUAAAAUAGAAAUAGUGAAGUUUGUGACACCACGACUGGCUUUGCUGCACUACACGGGAGAUCACAUGAAAAUUAGUGUUGUUGACAAUGAGGAAGGCAGUCUCGGGCUACAGUCUAAUAAUGAUCUGCUGUUACAUUGGACAGAGGAUUGGCAGAUGGAAUUUAAUCCUGAUAAACAUGAGCAUGAAAGACAGGAGGAGGAUCUGAUUGACGUAUACAAAGUUAAGAGAGACCAUGCUGGUACUGAGCCUCCAGACCCACCAGGCUCUGGCUCCCUCCACCUUGAGGAUCAUGAGGCUGGGAGAUUGCUUCAGAUUGCUUCAGACCCCCAUGCAAGGCUGAGAGGAUGCCACACCAGGAGACCUCCCUGGGAGGCUGCUACAAUCUUAGGCAUUGCUGGCAAGACCAGCCUUUAUUGCCUUUGCCUAGCUGCCCUUUGGAAGGCGCUGGUGAGUUGCCCUCUUGAACUGCUUCUGUCCAAGUACUGUAAUUGGAUCCAUAAUGCCACCAGAGUUAGCUGCAGAGAAUGGGCAGACAUUUUAGCUCCUAAAGCUGGAUAUAUUGAAAAAACUGUGAACAAAUUGGUGGAUAUAUUUAUUGAAAUCUCUGAAAUAAUUAACGACACCACAAAAUCUGAUGUUGAACCUGGCUACCAGCCUACUCCACUUGGGUUCUCAGGCAUUCCACGUUGCUCCAGGUCUCCAGCCUUCAGCUACUCAAUACCGCUUCAGGCUUUCAGCCUGCUCCCCUUGGCUGUCAACUGUUCCAGGCCAUCAGCCUGCUCCAUUCUGCCUCUCAGCCAUUCUGUGCCACUCCAGGUCUCCAGCCUGCUCUGCUCAGGCUACUUGCUGAUGACAGUUCAAGGCUGGCAUGUUCCACUAAAGGAGAAGGACAAGAAUGGCAAGAAAGACAUGAAGAAUUGGGAACGUUGGAAAGUUAGUAGCGAUAUCUUGGGGACAAUUAAUAUCACAGCAGAGGAGGUUUUAGAACUAUUAGAAUGUAUGAAGAGUCCCACAGGGCAGAAUACAACUCGGCCGUUAGUACCAUCACUUCUGCGAGUUUUGUUCUUUCCGAAGGACUGGAAGACCUCGGUGAGCUCAUCUAGAGAAAGUGGCUGGUCCAGCCUCACCCACUUGCUAUUUUUUAAGACCUCUGUGAUAGGGGACAGGAACAACCUGCUGGCCAUCCUGCCGCUGACAGUCAGCCAGCACGAUGCAGAGAAGAACACCAUCUUGAUCAGUGCUGAAGACAUCAUACAGCUUGACAUCUUUGACUGUUUACAUCAGGAAUCUGAUGUGGUGUCCAGUUUGCUGUCUGCCCCACUGGAUUGUCCAUCUGCGUUGAUGCAGUUGCAAGUCUCCGCCAAAAUGUCCAGCCUGGACAUUUCCAGCAUCAGUGGAAGCUUACUUCUUACUACCAGGGCAUACACAUUAAUUAGUCUCAGUGGGGACUUCCUGUGUAUGACGUCUGCUAUGAGGAGGCACCCGCCAACCACCUCCUUAACUUUGGAGAUAGUGAAAUUGCCUCCUCGCAGCAGAAUGCCCGGGCUGGAGAUCAGCAAAUAUUUCCCCCUCCAACCAAAUCGAAGCCCCAUGGGAUCACAAGCUCAUCCAUUUCCUAUAGCUACUGAGGUGCUGUAUCCCGCACUCCAGCAGAAACUAGAGGUCUGCUUUGACAUUGGCCAGAUUUAUACAAUUGUUAGAAACGCUGAGUCCAUUUACCUGAGGUCUAAUCGCUCGAGCAUUCCCUGUAUCCCUGUGGUGUGGGAAAACUGUUGGACCUUCGCGGUGCUGAGAUCGCAGUCCUAUUCCUCCUUGGGGGCAUUACUCCAGUCUGCCAUCAUCCAGGUGAUGGUGAAGCUGGAGCGUAGACGAGUUGUAUUUACAGAAACUCCUCAGGAAGAAAAUGCACCUUUCAAGAUUCCCAUCAAAAUUAAAGAAGAUAACCAACAGAUCAAGAAAAAUGAGGAGCUUGAAAAGGAUAUUAAGGAACUUUAUGCAUAUUUCAGCCAUCAAUUGCUGGAUGCUUUGGUGAAAUCUACACAUCUGUCAUUGGAAAUUUUCAAACGAAGAGUUUUCAAAAGAGGACUUUAUGGUUAUUCAAACAAUGUUGAAGAGUUUGCACCUUUUUUGAAGGCUGAAGUGCGCUUAGCAAUUCCAAAUGUGGUUAUGAUACCAAAUCUGGAUGACAUUCAACAUGGUAUAAACCGAAUUAUCCAGAUGAUUUUGGAAGUGAGUCGUAAAGUGCAACACUGGAGGCAAUCAAAAAGUCAUUUAGAGAGUAUUUAUGAAGCACAGAAUGUAGCCGGUGAGUAUUGGCUUGAAAAGCAGGAAAGACAUGAGAUUUUUGAGCUUGUGACUAUUUUCUUGACCACCCACAUGCAACUACAGGGAUUAGCCCAGCAGAGUUGUUUCCGAGUAGAAGGCAAGGACAUCCAUAAAGCCACUUAUGAUGCAGUUUUCAAAAGUAUUUUUCAGAAAGAAUAUAGGAUUCUACCUGGGGGUAACUGGCAUUUUACAAUGGUGCAGUUUUCAAAAGAAUUUUUCAGAAAGAAUAUAGGAUUCUACCUGGCGGUAACUGGCAUUUUACCUGAGUGCAGGGAUUAUAAUCAGGUCAGCCAGGUGGACUUCGUAGAAUUUGAGUUCCCUGAAAUAAAUGAAAGCAGGAAUUUAAGGAAACCGAAGAACUUUUAUCACAAUGUAGCAGAACAUAAAGAUGUAACCAAAUUAGUCGCAAUGCUGUCUACUUCUGUCAACACCACCAGGGAUGCAGUCGUGAGGGCACUAGAACAAUUUCAAAGAUUCAACCAGCUGUGGCUGCAAGACAGGGAUAUGACAGUUAAGAAAUUUAUGGACAGUAACCCCAGUCUAUAUGAACUCCGAGCCAAAAUAGAGUACUAUGCUGGUGUUGAACGAGAGAUUGAGGAACUCAGCUCCAUUGUUACAGUUGACUUUAUUGAACUGAAUACAGAACCCAUAAAACUGGCACUUUUAGUGGAAGCUAAGGCUUGGAAAAAGGUACUUUGUCGGUUUUUGAAUGAGCAGUACAAGGAAAAAAUGGCAGCAAUAACAGCAUUUAUUGUUGAAGAAAUGAAGAAUUUGGCUCGGCCUAUUCAAGAUUUGGAUGAUGUUAGAUUUGCUAUGGAGUCCUUAUCACAAAUACGAAAUAAUGAGAUACAAAUGGAUAUGACUUUGGGCCCCAUUGAGGAAGCAUACAGCAUCUUGAAUAAAUAUGGAAUCGAGAUUUCAAAGGAGGAAACAGAAGAAGUAGAUACUCUUCGAUACUUUUUCAAUAAAUUACAAGUCAAAGCUAGAAAUGUGCAAGAUGAAUUGGUGCAAGUUCAACCCAAAUUUAAAGCUAACCUGCUGGAGUCAGUGGAUGUUUUUCAGAAAGAAGUGCUCAAAUAUGGAAGACAAUAUGAGAAAGAAGGCCCAAUGGUACCGGGUAUUGCGCCUGCAGAAGCCAGCACCAGAUUACAGAUCUUUCAGAGUUGGUUUGAUGAGCUAUGGCGGAAGUUUGUGACCUACUCUUCAGGCGAGCGUUUAUUUGGAUUGCCAGUACAAGAUUAUGAAAUACUGCAGAAAAAUAAGAAAGAGCUGAGUCUGUUGCAGAAAUUGUACAGCCUGUAUGAUGCCGUGAUGAAUAAUAUUAAUGGUUAUUAUGAUGUGUUGUGGACAGAGCUGGACAUUGAGAAAAUUAAUGCUGAACUGCUGGACUUUCAAAACAGGUGUCGCAGGUUGCCCAAAGGCUUGAAGGAAUGGCAAGCGUUCUUGGAUCUGAAGAAGAAAAUUGAUGACUUCAGUGAAUCAUGUCCCCUGUUGGAAAUGAUGUCUAAUAAGUCAAUGCAGCCAAGACAUUGGGACCGGAUAUCUGCAGUAACAGGGCAUAAAUUUAAUGUGACAUCAGAAACAUUCUCUCUAAAAAAUGUUAUGGAUGCUCCACUGCUUCAAUUUAAGGAUGAUAUUGAGGAUAUCUGCAUAUCCUCUGUGAAAGAGAAGGACAUUGAAGCAAAAUUAAAUCAGGUGAUGCAGACCUGGACCAGUCAGACCCUCAGUUUUUCUUCAUUUAAGAAUCGAGGAGACCUCUUGCUAAAAGGACUGGAGACGGCAGAAAUUAUAAUGUUGAUGGAGGACAGUUUAAUGAUACUGAGCUCUUUACUCAGCAACAGGUAUAAUACUUACUAUAAAAAGGACAUUCAACUCUGGGUCCACAAUCUGACAGCAUGCACAAUAAUAAUAGAACAGUGGCUAUUAGUACAAAAUCUGUGGAUUUAUUUGGAGGCUGUCUUUGUUGGAGGCGAUAUUGCUAAACAACUGCCACAGGAAGCAAAACGAUUUCAAAAUGUUGAUAAAUCAUGGAUAAAAAUUAUGCAGAGAGCUCAUGAAAUUCCAAUCGUUGUCCAAUGCUGUGUAGGUGAUGACAUUAUGGGACAGCUUCUGCCUCACUUACAGGAACAACUGGAGGUCUGCCAGAAAUCCCUAACAGGUUAUUUGGAAAAGAAGAGAUUGUUAUUUCCUAGAUUCUUCUUUGUCUCAGAUCCAGCUUUGCUGGAAAUCCUUGGACAAGCUAGUGAUUCACACACCAUCCAGGCCCAUUUAGCAGGAAUAUUUGAUAAUGUAAAUGAAGCGGUUUUCCACCCAAAGGAGUACGAUACCAUUCUAGCUGUCACUUCAAGGGAAGGAGAAAAAAUUCAUCUAGAUCGCCCAGUGAUUGCAAAAGGUCCUGUGGAGCUAUGGUUAAGUGAUUUAUUGCGUGUACAGCAAGCAUCAUUGCAUACUGUGAUUAAAUUAGCAUAUUACAGCUUCAGUGAGCCAGAUUUCCAGCUUAUACCUUUCCUCUAUGAGGCUCCAGGCCAGGUAGGAAUUCUAGCAAUCCAGAUAUUGUGGACACGGGACUCUGAAGAUGCACUUAGAUUGGCAAAAGACAGCAAAAAGAUUAUGCAGACGACUAAUCAGAAAUUCCUGGAGCUGCUGAACUCUCUUAUUGCCCAAACAACACAUGACCUGACUAAAUUUCAGAGAAUCCAGUUUGAAACUCUUGUUACCAUUCAUGUUCACCAACGGGAUAUAUUCGAUGACUUGGUAAAAAUGCAUAUCAGAACAGUAAGUGACUUUGAAUGGCUGAAACAAAGUCGAUUUUAUUUCAAUGAUGACACUCAAGAAAUAAAAGUGAGGAUCACUGAUGUGGAAUUUAUCUAUCAGAAUGAAUUUCUGGGCUGCACUGAUCGACUUGUAAUUACGCCUUUGACAGACAGGUGCUAUAUCACUCUAGCUCAAGCUCUGUGGAUGAAUAUGGGGGCAGCUCCUGCUGGACCUGCUGGUACAGGCAAAACAGAGACUGUGAAGGACAUGGGCAAAGCUCUUGGAAAAUAUGUGGUUGUGUUUAAUUGCUCUGAUCAAAUGGAUUUCAGAGGAUUAGGAAGAAUCUACAAAGGUUUGGCACAAUCUGGUUCCUGGGGUUGCUUUGAUGAAUUCAAUCGCAUUGAGCUGCCUGUUUUAUCUGUAGCAGCUCAACAGAUUUAUAUUAUUCUCAUGGCCAGGAAAGAAAGGAAGAAACAAUUUAUCUUCACUGAUGGAGAUAAUGUGUCAUUGAAUCCAGAGUUUGGUAUUUUUAUCACAAUGAAUCCUGGGUAUGCAGGACGGCAAGAACUGCCAGAAAAUCUAAAAAUUCAGUUUAGAACAGUAGCCAUGAUGGUACCAGACAGACAGAUUAUUAUAAGGGUCAAGCUUGCUAGUGUCGGAUUUUUGGACAACGUUAUGCUGGCUCAGAAAUUCUUUGUACUUUAUAAGCUCUGUGAAGAGCAACUCACAAAGCAGGUUCAUUAUGAUUUCGGCUUGAGAAACAUUCUUUCUGUUUUGAGGACACUGGGAGCUCAGAAGAGAGCACGACCAGAAGAUAGUGAACAAACAAUUGUCAUGAGAGUUUUGAGAGACAUGAAUCUGUCUAAACUGGUGGAUGAAGAUGAGCCCCUUUUCCUCAGCCUGAUCAGUGAUCUGUUCCCGGGUAUACAGUUAGAUAGUAGUACCUACGUGGAACUGCAGGCUGCUGUAGCCAAUCAGGUGGAAAUUGCAGGAUUAGUUAAUCACCCACCCUGGAAUCUCAAACUGGUUCAGCUAUAUGAAACAGCCAGGGUUCGUCAUGGGCUGAUGACAUUGGGUCCGAGUGGCUCUGGAAAGACUUGUGUAAUUCGUACUCUCAUGCAUUCACUGACUGAAUGUGGAGCUCCUCAUCGGGAAAUGCGCAUGAAUCCUAAGGCUAUCACUGCUCCACAGAUGUUUGGGCGACUGGAUCCUGCAACUAAUGACUGGACUGAUGGAAUCUUCUCAACACUUUGGAGGAAAUCUAUCAAGUCAAAAAAAGGUGAUAACAUCUGGAUAAUUCUAGAUGGUCCAGUGGAUGCUAUUUGGAUAGAAAAUCUAAAUUCUGUCCUGGAUGAUAACAAGACAUUAACUUUAGCUAAUGGUGACCGUAUUCCUAUGGCUCCUUCUUGCAAACUAUUGUUUGAGGUACACAACAUUGAGAAUGCAUCUCCAGCCACAGUGUCCAGAAUGGGAAUGGUAUACAUUAGCUCUUCUGCUCUCAGCUGGCAACCAAUUUUGAAGGCUUGGUUAAACAAACGCAUCCCUUGGGAGGCAGAGAUUCUACAAAACCUGUACAAUAUAUCCUUUGAAGAUGCUUAUCUGUACAUGAAAUUAAAUCUCCAUCCAGUUAUGGAGCUGCUUGAGUGUAACUAUAUUGUGCAGUCCAUAACUCUGCUCGAAGGUUUGAUGGAAGUUGGAAUGAAUGUUAAUGAUGUACAACUUAGGCGGCUCUUCGUAUUUGGGCUCAUGUGGAGUAUUGGUGCUCUGUUGGAGCUAGACAGUAGAGCUAAACUUGAGAAAUUCCUCCGAACACAUGACAGCAAGUUGGACCUACCCGACAUCCCAGCAGGCAGCCCUGAGACCAUGUUUGAAUUUCUUGUCAAUCAGCAAGGUGAAUGGGAGAACUGGAAAAUCUGGGUCCAGGAGUAUUCAUACCCACCUGACAGUGAGCCAGACUAUACAUCAAUCCUUGUGCCAAAUGUUGACAAUGUCAGGACCAACUUUCUGCUGGACAUCAUAGCUAAACAAAAUAAGGCGGUUCUUCUGACUGGAGAACAGGGGACAGCAAAAACAGUCAUGAUUAAAGCCUAUCUGAAGAGAUAUGAUCCAGAAGUACACUUGUCCAAGAGUUUGAAUUUCUCUUCUGCCACAGAACCCUAUAUGUUCCAGCGAACAGUUGAAAGUUAUGUAGAAAAACGUGUGGGGAGCACAUAUGGACCUCCAAGUGGACGGAAAAUGACAAUAUUUAUUGAUGAUAUCAACAUGCCUGUUAUCAAUGAGUGGGGAGAUCAGAUCACAAACGAAAUAGUGCGUCAGAUGAUAGAAAUGCAUGGAAUGUACAACUUGGAUAAACCAGGAGACUUUACGAAAAUUGUUGAUGUACAACUAAUGGCUGCAAUGAUCCACCCAGGAGGGGGACGCAAUGAUAUUCCACAGCGGUUAAAGAGGCAGUUCUCAAUUUUCAACUGUACAUUGCCCACCAAUGCUUCAAUUGACAAAAUCUUUGGAAUUAUUGGAAAUGGAUACUUCCAACCUUCCAGAAACUUCAUUCCUUCAAUCUGUAAUAUGAUAUCAAAACUCGUUCCCGCAAGCAGAAUCCUCUGGCAGUGGACAAAGGUAAAAAUGCUACCUACUCCAGCUAAAUUUCAUUACAUCUUUAAUCUGAGGGAUCUAUCUCGCAUUUGGCAAGGAAUGUUGAACAUCAUGGCUGAGGAAUGCUCUGAUCUGGAGACACUCCUAGCUUUGUUCAAACAUGAAUGCACCAGGGUUAUUGCAGACAGAUUCGUAAGCGAAGAGGACAGGUAUUGGUUUGAAAAUGCAGUGACACGUGUUGUUGAAGACAACAUUGGAAGACAACUGGCAGAAAAGCUUCACAAAGAGCCGUACUUCGUUGAUUUUCUUCGUGACCUCCCAGAGCCAACUGGUGAUGAGCCUGACGAUUACGUAUUUGUUGUCCCAAAAAUCUAUGAAAUGAUCCCAAGCUAUGAAUUUCUGACUGAAAAAUUACAGUUUUAUCAGAGACAACAUAAUGAAGGAGUCCGAUCAGGUUUUCUCGAUCUUGUUUUCUUCAAGGAUGCAAUGACACACAUUAUGAAAAUAUCACGUAUAAUCCGUACAGACUGUGGAAAUGCUUUGCUGGUAGGCGUUGGUGGUUCUGGAAAACAAAGCUUCACAAAACUGGCAUCCUAUAUUGCAGGAUAUAAAAUAUUUCAGAUCACUUUAACAAGAGCCUACAGUGUCACCAAUCUAAUGGAUGAUUUGAAAAUAUUGUACAGAACAGCUGGGGCAGAAGGCAAGGGAAUCACUUUCAUAUUCACUGAUAAUGACAUCAAGGAGGAGUCGUUUCUUGAAUAUCUCAACAACGUGCUUUCUUCUGGAGAGGUAUCUAACCUAUUUGCUCGGGAUGAACUUGAUGAGAUUACUCAAUCACUGAUUGCACCAAUGAAGAAAGAAGCUCCUCGCAUUCCCCCAACUGUUGACAACUUAUAUGAAUAUUUUAUAAAACGAGCCAGGAAAAAUCUUCAUGUUGUCCUCUGUUUCUCUCCCGUUGGUGAAAAGUUUCGAUCACGUGCAAUGAAGUUCCCUGGUCUGAUCUCUGGCUGCACUAUGGAUUGGUUCAGUCGCUGGCCCAGAGAGGCACUAGUGGCUGUGUCCCACUACUUCCUUUCUGGGUUUUACAUCGCCUGCUCAGCCGAGGUCAAAACCCAACUGGUGUCAACAAUGGGUGUCUUCCAUGACAAGGUUUAUCAAACAUGUGAGGACUAUUUUCAGAGGUAUCGUCGAAGAACACAUAUAACUCCCAAAUCCUACCUUGCCUUUAUAAACAGCUACAAAACUAUCUACAAAGAGAAACAUGUAAACAUCAAUGACCUAGCAGAGCACAUGCAAUUGGGUCUUUCCAAGCUCAUGGAGGCAACUGAAUCAGUCGCUCUUCUCGCCAAAGAACUAGCAGGAAAAGAAAAGGAACUUGCAGCGGCUUCCCGUAAUGCUGAUAAGGUACUUGGGGAGGUGACAGUUAGUGCACAAGCAGCAGAGCUGGUUAAGAAUGAAGUUCUGAUCGUCAAAAAUAAGGCCCAAAAAAUUGUGGAAGAAAUUGAAGCGGACAAAAAUAUAGCAGAAGGCAAACUGAUAGCUGCAAAGCCAGCACUGGAAGCUGCGGAGGCUGCUCUGAAUACAAUAAAACCUGCUGACAUUUCUACUGUGCGGAAAUUAGCCAAGCCACCUCAUCUGAUUAUGAGGAUUCUUGAUUGUGUGCUCAUUCUUUUCCAAAAAAAAAUGGAUACAGUCACCAUGGACCCUGAAAGACCCUGUCUCAAACCAUCCUGGGGCGAGUCUUUAAAGUUGUUGAGUGGCACAGGCUUUCUCCAGGCCCUGCAGCAGUUUCCAAAGGACACCAUCAAUGAUGAAACAGUAGAGCUUCUCCAGCCAUAUUUCAUGAUGGAAGAUUAUACAUUUGAACAUGCUAAGAAAGUCUGUGGGAAUGUUGCCGGCUUAUUAUCCUGGACUCAAGCAAUGGCUUCUUUCUUUGCAAUCAACAAAGAGGUGCUGCCUCUCAAGGCUAAUUUGGCAGUACAAGAAAACCGCCUCCAACGGGCCAUGAAGGAGUUGGGAAAUGCCCAAGCACAGCUGGAUGAGAAGCAAGCUGAGCUCGACAAGGUACAGGCCAAGUUUGAUGCUGCCAUGAAGGAGAAAAUGGACCUAUUGGAAGAUGCAGAAACAUGUCGAAGAAAGAUGGAAGCUGCAUCAGCACUGAUUGAUGGCCUGAGUGGGGAGAAAAUCAGAUGGACAGAGCAAUGCAAAGAGUUCAAAGCACAAAUCAACAGGUUGGUGGGAGAUGUGCUGUUGGCUACUGGCUUUCUUUCGUAUAGUGGUCCCUUCAAUCAAACAUUCAGAGACAUAUUGCUGAAAGUAAUCUGGGAAGUGGAGCUCCAGAAAAAGAAGAUUCCAUAUUCGGAUAGUCUAAACAUUAUAGCAUUCUUGGUGGACCAGGCUAUGAUUGGUGAGUGGAACCUGCAGGGAUUACCAAGUGAUGACCUAUCAGUUCAGAAUGGCAUUAUUGUUACCAAAGCAACAAGGUAUCCACUUCUCAUUGACCCUCAAACACAGGGUAAAACCUGGAUUAAGAGGAAGGAGAAAGAUAAUGAACUACAGGUAACAUCGCUAAACCACAAGUAUUUCCGGAAUCACCUGGAGGAUUGUCUAUCACUUGGACGCCCGCUGCUAUUGGAAGAUGUGCAAGAAGAAUUGGAUCCUGCACUGGACAAUGUGUUGGAGAAAAAUUUCAUCAAAUCUGGGACCGCCUUUAAGGUGAAGGUGGGUGAUAAAGAAAUUGAUGUCAUGGCUGGGUUCAUGUUCUACAUUACUACGAAACUUCCAAACCCAGCCUACACUCCAGAAAUUAGUGCCAAGACAUCCAUCAUUGACUUCACCGUAACUAUUAAAGGUCUUGAGAAUCAGCUGCUUGGACGAGUGAUCCUUACGGAGAAACAGGAACUGGAAGCAGAACGUGUGCAACUGAUCGAGGAAGUCACUGCCAAUAAACGCAAAAUGAAGGAGUUGGAGAAUAACCUACUAUUUAAGCUCAGCACCACUAAAGGUUCACUGGUGGAUGAUGAGUCUUUGAUUGGAGUCCUUCAGGUCACCAAGACAACAGCAACUGAAGUAAGUGAGAAGCUGCACGUGGCAGCAGAGACAGAGAUAAAGAUUAACACUGCACAGGAAGAAUACCGACCAGCAGCUACUCGUGGGAGUAUUCUGUAUUUCCUCAUCACUGAAAUGAGCAUGGUUAAUAUGAUGUACCAGACCUCACUUGCACAAUUUCUGAAAUUAUUUGACCUCUCUAUGGCAAGAUCUAAGAAGUCACCUGUUGCUGCAAAACGAAUCAGAAGCAUUAUUGAAUACCUGACCUAUGAGGUUUUUAAGUAUUCAGUGCGUGGUCUUUAUGAAAAUCACAAGUUCCUUUUCACUUUAUUGCUGCCUCUGAAAAUUAACCUGGAGCGAGGAUACAUCAAAUAUAAUGAAUUCCAGACCCUUAUAAAAGGUGGUGCAGCCCUUGACCUGAAAGCCAGUCCACAAAAACCUUUCCGCUGGAUCCUCGAUAUGACCUGGUUGAACUUGGUAGAACUGAGCAAACUUGCUCAAUUUGCAGAGAUAUUGACGCAGAUAUCAAAAAAUGAAAAGGCUUGGAAAGUCUGGUUUGAUGCUGAAGCUCCAGAAGAAGAGAUUAUUCCUAAUGGAUACAGCGACUCUUUAGAUGCAUUCUGCAAGCUGCUACUUAUUAGGUCUUGGUGUCCUGACAGAAUUCUCUCACAAGCUCGAAACUACAUUGCUGAGGCAAUGGAAGCAAAAUAUGCAGAGCCAGUGAUUCUAAACCUGGAGACAACCUGGGAAGAAAGUGAUGCACAAACUCCUCUGAUCUGUUUCCUGUCAAUGGGAUCUGAUCCCAGCAAUCAGAUUGAAGGACUGGCCAAAAAGCUUGAAAUUGAUUGCAGGGCAAUAUCAAUGGGCCAGGGACAAGAAGUACAUGCCAGAAAAUUAGUGGCUAUGUCGAUGCACCAGGGCGGAUGGGUUCUACUGCAGAACUGCCAUUUGGGAUUGGCUUUCAUGGAUGAGCUGCUAGAAACCUUACUAAUAAGUGAGAAUGUGCAUGACUCUUUCCGAGUAUGGCUAACCACUGAGCCACAUCCAAAGUUCCCGAUCACAUUGCUGCAGACAUCCAUCAAGUACACUAAUGAGCCCCCUCAGGGAGUGCGGGCAGGACUGAAAAGAACAUUCACUGGAAUCACUCAGGACCAAAUAGAAUAUUCAAAUCUGCCCAUGUGGAGACCACUAUUGUACGCUGUUGCUUUCCUGCACACUACAGUCCAGGAACGGCGUAAAUUUGGUCCUCUGGGAUGGUGUAUUCCAUAUGAGUUCAACUCUUCAGAUUUCACAGCCAGUGUCCAGUUCAUACAGAACCAUCUUGAUGAUUGUGAUAAAAAGAAGGGAGUGUCAUGGAAUACUAUACGUUACAUGCUAGGAGAGGUUCAGUAUGGAGGCCGAGUCACAGACGACUAUGACAAACGCCUGCUCAACUGUUUUUGCAAGGUGUGGUUCAAUGAGAAGAUGUUUGAUUCCAAGUUCAGUUUCUACACUGAUUAUAUUAUCCCAAUCUGUGCCAGUGUGGAGUCCUAUUUAGAGUAUAUUCAGACAUUACCUGCCGUUGAUACCCCUCAAGUGUUUGGCCUACACCCAAAUGCUGACAUAACGUACCAGAGUAAUACAGCGGCUGAAAUUCUCAACACCAUCACCAAUAUUCAGCCAAAGGAAAGUGCUGGAGGAGGAGGAGAGACUCGAGAAGCCACUGUCUUUAAACUGGCUGAUAGUAUGCUGCUAAAGCUGCCCCCUGAUUAUUUGGCACACGAGGUGAAAGCUCGCCUUAUAAAGAUGGGAAUUUUGAAUUCCAUGAAUAUUUUUCUGCGCCAAGAAAUUGAUCGAAUGCAGAGGGUUAUUACAAUGCUCCGGAACUGUCUGAACGACUUAAAGCUAGCUAUAGAAGGGACCAUUAUCAUGAGCGAGAAUUUAACAGAUGCCUUGGAUAACAUGUAUAAUGCCCGAGUCCCUGUGGUUUGGAAGAGGAUUUCCUGGGAUUCUUCUACAUUGGGAUUUUGGUUCACAGAAUUCCUAGAGAGAAAUGCACAAUUUUCAUCCUGGAUAUUUGAGGGAAGGCCGAGUGUAUUUUGGAUGCCGGGAUUCUUUAAUCCCCAGGGAUUCUUAACUGCUAUGAGACAGGAGGUCACACGUGCACAUAAAGGCUGGGCGCUGGACAGUGUCACUCUACACAACGAAGUAACAAAACUAAUGAAAGACGAGAUCAAAUUACCACCCCCGGAGGGUGUGUACAUUUAUGGCCUUUACCUGGACGGAGCAGGUUGGGACCGGAGAAAUAUCCGACUCACUGAAUCAACUGCUAAGGUCCUCUUUACAAUGCUGCCCGUUAUUUAUAUAUUUGCCAUCAAUUCCACUGCAUCCAAGGAUCCAAAACUGUACAUCUGUCCAGUUUACAAGAAACCACAACGUACAGACCUGACAUUCAUUACUGCCCUCUGUCUGAAAACAGUCCAGCCACCUGACCACUGGAUCCUGAGAGGGGCAGCUCUGCUCUGUGAUAUCAAGUAGAACAGCAG